ACAAACGAUGCCCGAAGCAGGUAAACCUUCGAUGGUAGGUUCUUUAAUCAGUGACAGACCGCCAAAUCGUAACACUUCGAAUGAAUCGGCGUAUUGUGUGCAUCGCGACUCGAGCCAUGCUUACCAUUGUGAAUAUUUUUAAACAUUAACGUAUUUUUACUCGUAAUUAUCAUUUUUUUGAAGUGUUUUUUUUUUGGUCGAUCGCUACAUCAUAUUCGCGAGCAAAUGUUAACGAUUAGAAUAUUUAUUAUUAAACCAGCGUGAUUUUUUUUUUUUACUUCAAAAUAUUGGUGCCGCGCGUUUCAAAGUGGAAAUUGGAAAAGGAAAAAAAAUCAAAAAUAAAGUUAUAAGUUAGUCGAGAAAUGCAUCAUUUGAUAAAAUGGAUUCCCCUGAUAUCCAUGUUAUUUACUCUAUGUCGCGCUUUGGAGAACGGUUUGGCUCGCACACCUCCGAUGGGCUGGUUAGCUUGGGAACGCUUCCGAUGCAACACAGAUUGCAAAAACGACCCAGAUAAUUGUAUUAGUGACCGAUUGUUCAGAACAAUGGCGGAUUUAUUAGUUUCAGAGGGAUAUGCAGGCGUUGGAUACGAAUACGUCAAUGUAGAUGACUGUUGGCUGGAGAAAGAACGAUCGUACAGUGGUCAUCUUCAACCCGAUCUACGACGUUUUCCUUAUGGCAUGCGAGACUUAUCCAAUUAUGUUCAUUCGAAAGGUUUGAAAUUCGGUAUUUACGAAGAUUUUGGAAACUACACGUGCGCAGGGUAUCCAGGAAUUUUGGGUAAUUUGGAAUCAGACGCUUAUACGUUCGCAUCGUGGGAUGUGGAUUAUGUGAAAUUAGACGGAUGUUACUCCCAUCCUCACGAGAUGGAUAAAGGUUACCCAGAAUUUGGUUUUCAUCUGAAUCGUACAGGAAGACCGAUGAUAUACUCUUGUAGUUGGCCAGUAUACCAGAUUUAUUCCGGAAUGCAGCCAAAUUAUUCGUCCAUUAUUGAAAAUUGUAAUUUGUGGAGGAAUUUCGACGAUAUACAAGAUUCGUGGACUAGUCUCGAAAGCAUUAUUGAUUAUUAUGGUAAUAAUCAAGACACGAUAGUUCCAAAUGCCGGUCCUGGUCAUUGGAAUGAUCCAGAUAUGUUAAUCGUUGGUAACUUCGGUUUAAGUUACGAACAAAGUAAAACGCAAAUGGCGAUGUGGGCAAUUCUAGCGGCGCCUCUUUUAAUGUCCGUUGAUCUCCGUACGAUAAGACCCGAAUACAAAGCCAUUUUACAAAACCGUAAAAUAAUCGCAGUCGAUCAAGAUCCGUUAGGAAUACAAGGAAGAAGAAUUUACAAGCACAAAGGAAUAGAAAUCUGGGCCAGACCAAUAACGCCGUUCUUCCAGAACUUUUUCUCGUAUGCGAUCGCUUUCUUGAACAGAAGAACAGAUGGUACACCAUCGGACGUUGCAGUUACCUUAGCCGAAAUGGGAUUAUUAGCCCCAGGAGGAUAUAGAAUAGAAGACUUAUAUGAAGAUGUGGAUUACGGAGUACUUAGUCCACAAACUAAAAUUAAAGUCAAAGUCAAUCCCUCAGGUGUUGUGAUACUACGUGCGGAUGUCCAACCAUCUUAUAAUAGAGUUUCGUCAACUCCGUACAAUCCGUUUAAAAAUUAUUUCUCGUAUAAAACGGAUAAUGACUUUUAAAUGCCCUCAAAAUGCUGUGAAUAUUUAUUUAAUUUUUUUUUGUAUAUAGAACUUUUUCAUUAAACAUUUUUUUUUAUUAAAAAAAUUGAUUUUUGUA